GUGUACUUUACGUGGGAGGAAUGGAAGAAAAUGAACAAUGCUCAGAAGAUCCUGUACAGAGAUGUGAUGCUGGAGACCUACAGCAGCCUGUUCUCCUUGGGGCACUGCAUUACCAAACCUGACUUGAUCUUCAAGUUGGAGCGAGGAGAAGAGCCAUGGAUGGUGGAUGAAUGCUUGAAUCAGAGCCUUUCAGUGGUCAUGAAAAGGGAUGACCUGAUUAGGAUCAACCAGGAAAGUCAGGACAAAAAUCUGAAUCAUGAUUUUAUGAAAAAUAACAAGACAUCAGCUCUCAAGAGAAUUGAAUUAAGAAAAACACUUAGUUUAAAUUCAAGCCAUGUUCCAACACUGAUUAUUAAAAAGGGAAUCUAUUCAGGAUUGAAGCCUGAGGAAUGCAAUAAAUGUCACACUGUGUAUCCCCCCAGUGGGCCUGAUCAACUACAGGCUGGAGAGAAAUUUGAUAACACUAAGAUACCUGGAAAAUCUCUCCAGUUCUGUGAGCCUCUUAGUCAGCUUGACAAUAUUCACAUCAUGAAGCAGCCAUUUGGACCCACUGGACAAGCAAAAGUCUUCACAAGAAAGAUGUUCUGUAAAUCUGAGAGGGUUCAUAUGGCAGAAAACCAUAAUAAGUCAACUGUCCACUUUUGGAAAAGCAACGCAAAU